CCAUUUGAGAGUCAAUGGAUUCAUCUCAAUAUGGGGUCGGUAGUGCUGUCACGAGAAGGGAAACCUACUUUUGACGUUGUAUGCAUAAUGAGACUCAUAGAAGAUGAGUACUGUAUGUUCUUAUUGUAAUUGUUCUAAUUUUGUUGAAUUUGCCUCGGAUUUAGUUUCCAUGAUUCCAAUAAGGAGAGUGUUGAGAGACGGGGACGACACAGGUGUAGGCGAUUGCCUUUUUCUUUGCCUUCGGAUGGUCUGAUACGGUGGCGUAGAGCAAUUUGAUGAAGCCGACGUCCGGUCAGAACGAGGGAAUAUUCGUAUUUGUUUUACAUCAUAUAGAGACGAAACCCUUUAUUGUUAUCACAGUCCAUCGGAGCAGGAGAUGGAGGAAGACGACUCUGUUCGUUUUUCUGUUCUAAUUAAUUAAUGGGAAAAGAAACAUUGAACAGAUAAACGGAUCAAGAAUCAAGAUGGAAACAAAAUUUUCCGUUAGUUUGGUCAAUAGCAAUUUCGGCUGAUUCAUGGGCUAUCGAGUUGGCUUGGAUUGAAUAACGCAAUCAACGCCACAUCAUUGCUCUCAUGUACCAUUCAUGUGCCAUACUUUUAACAACAGACAACAAUACUUUUAACAACAGCACCGUAGUAUUGGCAUAAUUGUAGAAAAAUUGAAAAGGGACCUUUUCGUCAAAUCGUAUUCCAACUUUUGCAGAGUCAGCCGCCAUCUCACGGAGCAGCUAAAGGAUGAAAAUGAAACCGAAGAGCCGCAAAUGGAGAAAAAGCUGAAGACUCGAAGUUCCAAAGUCAGUCCUGUAUGUAACGAUCGGAGAAAGGCGGAGGAUUAAUUCUUGGUGAGUUCUUACCUGUCCUCUUCACUGUUCUCCGGUGUGGCACACUAGGGUUUUUCCUGUAGGUGCGGUCUUCAGCAGCUGUCCCUUAUUAGUAAAUUUCCCCCCCUUUCUCGGUCAAAAUUGAUUGGUCCUUGUUGAAUCUGGUUGAAAUUUCAUUGAUCUUUCAUAUACUCUGGCAUUUCCAUUCCUUUUUUAUUUGCUUUUCCUGCCUUCCGUCUGCGAACUGAUGAUGAAAGUUGAGUGCUGCAUGUUUUUCGUUUCAGAGGAAAAUUCCCCAGUGAUUAAUUAUUUCUGUUGCAAAAAGUUCUAACCUUGAAAAAUACCCAGUUUUUGUUUGCAGUUUGUUGAAUGUCAGCGUGAUCGUUAUCUUUGUGUGUUUACAGAUAUGUGAAAGGGAACCUUUUGCUGGCGUGGUUUAACUUUUGAUUGAACACAUGGAGUCCUGCAAUUGUAUUGAACCACAGUUGCCCCCUGAUGAAUUGCUGUCCAAGUAUCAAUACAUUUCAGAUUUUUUCAUUGCUCUUGCUUAUUUCUCCAUCCCGUUGGAGCUCAUCUACUUCGUAAAGAAAUCCGCUGUGUUCCCAUAUAGAUGGGUUCUUGUGCAGUUUGGUGCUUUUAUAGUCCUCUGCGGGGCUACUCAUCUUAUUAACUUAUGGACCUUCACCAUUCACUCCAGAAAUGUUGCCAUUGUGAUGACGACAGCAAAAAUUUUGACUGCAGUAGUUUCUUGUGCUACUGCCCUCAUGCUUGUGCACAUUAUUCCUGAUCUUUUGAGUGUUAAAACUAGAGAAUUGUUUCUCAAAAACAAGGCUGCAGAGUUGGAUAGGGAAAUGGGUCUUAUCCGGACUCAGGAAGAGACAGGUAGGCAUGUCCGGAUGUUGACUCAUGAAAUCAGAAGCACUCUUGACCGACACACUAUACUGAAGACCACUCUAGUUGAACUGGGUAGGACAUUAUCGUUGGAAGAAUGUGCCUUAUGGAUGCCAACACGAACUGGGCUGGAGCUCCAGCUUGCCUACACUCUAAGGCAGCAGAAUCCUGUUGGAUAUACUGUACCCAUCCAUCUACCUGUAAUUAAUCAAGUAUUUAGUAGUAACCGGGCUGUGAAAAUUUCUCCCAAUUCGCCGGUGGCUAGACUAAGGCCUCUUGCUGGAAAGUACCCUGGAGAGGUGGUUGCUGUUCGGGUGCCACUCCUCCAUCUCUCUAAUUUUCAGAUUAAUGACUGGCCCGAGCUUUCAACCAAGCGCUAUGCUUUGAUGGUCUUAAUGCUUCCCUCAGAUAGCGCGAGGCAGUGGCAUACCUAUGAGUUGGAGCUUGUUGAAGUAGUUGCUGAUCAGGUGGCUGUUGCUUUGUCACAUGCUGCUAUCCUAGAGGAGUCAAUGAGGGCAAGGGAUCUACUUAUGGAGCAGAAUGUUGCCCUUGAUCUUGCUAGGAGGGAAGCAGAAACAGCUAUCCGUGCCCGCAAUGAUUUCUUGGCUGUGAUGAACCAUGAGAUGAGAACUCCAAUGCAUGCUAUUAUAGCACUUUCCUCCUUGUUACAGGAAACCGAGCUGACACCAGAGCAGCGACUUAUGGUUGAGACAAUUUUGAAGAGUAGUAAUCUUUUGGCUACUCUAAUAAAUGAUGUGCUAGAUCUAUCGAGGCUUGAAGAUGGAAGCCUUCAGCUUGACCUUGGAAGUUUUAAUCUUGCUGCUGUUUUCAGAGAGGUUAUCAACUUGAUUAGGCCAAUUGCUUCGGUUAAGAAAUUGCUGGUUACCUUGCAUUUGGCUCCAGAUCUACCUGAAUAUGCCAUUGGCGAUGAAAACCGCCUAAUGCAAACUCUCCUUAAUGUUGUUGGUAACGCAGUCAAGUUCUCAAAAGAAGGGAGUAUCUCAAUCACUGCUUUUGUUGCAAAGGCAGAGUCUUUAAGAGAUCCUAGAGCUCCUGAUUUCUUUCCAGUACCUAGUGAUAAUCACUUUUAUUUGCGUGUACAGGUAAAAGAUACUGGUUCGGGAAUAAAUCCUCAAGAUUAUCCUAAGCUGUUCACCAAAUUUGCUCAAAGUCAGUCUUUGGCAACCAAAAAUUCUGGUGGUAGUGGACUUGGCCUUGCAAUUUGUAAGAGGUUUGUACAUCUUAUGGAUGGACAUAUAUGGCUGGAAAGUGAGGGCCUGGGUAAAGGCUGCACUGCAAUCUUUAUGGUCAAACUUGGGAUUGCAGAGUGCUGUACCGAGUCUAAGCUUCCUGCUGCUACUAAAGCAGGAAUGAACCAUGCACGGACCGACUUUCCUGGACUCAAAGUUAUAGUGAUGGAUGACAACGGUGUUAGCAGAAUGGUAACUAAAGGACUUCUGGUGCACCUGGGAUGCGAUGUAACAGGUGUGAGUUCAGGUGAUGAGUGCUUGCGGUUGAUCUCUCAGGAUCACCAUGUGUUAUUCAUAGAUGUAUGUAUGCAUGAUGGCUACGAAGUUGCUCGUCGUGUACACGAGAAGCUCACAAAGCGCCACGAGAGGCCUCUAACGGUGGCCCUGACUGCUAACUCGGAUAAAGCGACCAAGGAUCAGUGCCGGAGAGUUGGCAUGAAUGGGGUUGUGCUAAAACCCGUUUCUAUUGAUAAAAUGAGGAGCGUUUUGUCUGACCUUCUGGAGCACCGGAUUCUGCUCUGAAAAGGCCAGCCAGGUAUGCCGUAAGGUGGAAUGAGGGAACAUUUGUGGCUGUUGUAUUACUUUGUGUACUAUUUUAUUGCGAGAGUGUAUAUAACGUGUAUUGAAGCGGAGCAUCGCUUUGAAGCCAUACAUCGUAAGAUGACCCAGAAUUUCAUUGAUUGUAAACAAGUUGGAUGGGGUGUGUCCCAUCCCAUGGUUUUCUUCCUUGGUCACUGAAGUGGCUGUCAAAAAUGUGGAGAAAGUAUAUCAUAAAAGCUGAAUAUGCUGUACUUGUGCUAUUUCUCAAACUGUUGGGCAUGUGUUACUGCGCCCUUCGCCUUUGGUUCAUUAUAAAUUCAUCUUACUUCUCCGUUUGUACGUACUCACUAAUUUUGGUUCCGUGCCACCCGUUGGUCAGGUUAUUUUUACAAUUAUUAACUAUUCGGAAUUACAAUAAAAUUAUUUUUGAAUU